AUGAGGUACCUUGCUCUGUGUUGGCUAGCUGUGUCGAUGGAACUGCCCUUCUCCGGCUUCGAGCUGACCUUCAUCUUCGUUGCCUUCGUCAUCCUCACGCUGUUCGGCUUGGCGUCGGUCUGCAUCGAACCAGAAGACCGUCCAGAGGAAAGCGUCUAUGGAGCAAAGAAGUUUAACAGAAAGCACAGAGUCAUCACCAAGAGAGCCGGACAGAAACCAGCGAGUAAAAGCCAGAGAUCUCCACCUUGAUGUUGUGUGCUGCAGAAUUUCAAUGUCAACUACUCACAAAUGGCUCAAAAUGAGCUGAAAAUGUCCCUUUUUUGGGG